UGGAAAAGAGCAAAGCCACACAAAGAAAUAUCUCGAGUGGGCAAUAAUUUCCACCCAAAUAGUGGCAUAAAAGCUAGUUGCAGUCGGCGUGAAGGAGAUUGAGUUUGGAAGAAGUGUGAACGAUUCAAUUGGUAGUUUACAGCUGAUCAUCAAUGGCGAUGAUGAAGUGGGUGGGCGAUGGAUAUGAUGCUGUAAAGCCAAUUCCUUUAACACUGUUGAUGGGCUUCUUGCUGUCUUUGAUCGGACUACUUAUAAAUAUGAAGAGAAAAGCAGGGGGCAAAAUCCCACCUGGUAAAUUUGGAUGGCCAUUCCUUGGAGAAACGUUGGAAUUUCUGAAAUGGCAGAAAAAAGGAGCUCCUUUUGUGUUUUAUGACACUCGGGUGCAAAAAUAUGGCGAAAUUUUCACCACCCAUCUGGUCGGCCAUCCCACUGUGACCUUCUUCAGCGCAGAUGGAAACAAGUUUUUGUUCACCAAUGAGAACAAACUGGUGCAGAACUCAUGGCCUGCCUCUGUGGGGAAACUCUUCGAGAGGUCUGUAAUAAAUGCUGUGGGAGAUGAUGCAAAGAGGCUCAAGGGAUUGCUCAUGACCUUUUUGAGGCCAGAGGCUCUGCAGAAAUUUACAGGUCGGGUGGAUUCGAUCACUAGACGUCAUCUGGCUCAGUACUGGUUGGGUGAAGAGGAGGUCACUGUUUUUCCUCUCAUGAAAAUCUAUACUUUUUCUCUCGCUUGUCAGUUGUUUGCAAGUAUUGAAGAUGGCCCUGCCAUGGACAAACUUUCCCACGACUUCGAGCAGCUCGCUCAGGGAGUACUGCAGGUACCUGUUGAUUUGCCCGGGACAAGGUACCACAAAGCCAGAGUUGCACGUGACGCUCUUCGUGAACAACUUACUCAGAUUAUUGAGGAAAGGAGAAUCGCACUGAGGAAUGGAAGGGCUUCUGCUGAGCAAGAUCUGCUGUCUUUUCUCCUGUGUAAUAGAUCUGAUGACGAGGAAAGGAGUUUGACAGACGAUGAGAUCAAGGACAACAUAAUUUUGCUUUUGUAUGCAGGGCAUGAUACCAGUAGCUCUGCCCUAACAUCGCUGUUCAAAUUCUUGGCCGAAAAUCCUCAUUGCUACGAUCAAGUUCUUCAAGAACAAUUGGAGGUAGCAAGUUCAAAGGAGGAAGGGGAACUUUUAGAGUGGAAGGAUCUUCAAAGAAUGAAGUACACAUGGAGAGCUGUUCAAGAAACAUUUAGAUUACUUCCUCCUGCACAAGGAGCCUUUCGUAAAGCUAUCAAAGACUUCACUUAUAGUGGAUUCACUAUUCCUAAAGGAUGGAAGUACAGGCACACUGGACAAUAAAUGCAACCCACUUCAACUCUAAGUAUUUCAUUAAUCCAAAGAAAUUCGAUCCAUCUAGAUUUGAAGGAGCAGGGCCUGCUCCUUAUACAUUUGUUCCUUUUGGAGGUGGAAUAAGAAUGUGUCCAGGGAACGAGUUUGCUCGAGUAGAAAUAUUGGUCUUCUUACAUAAUUUGUUGAAGAAUUUUAGAUGGAAGUUAGUGGAUCCUGAUGAGAAAAUAAUCGUGGAUCCUAUGCCUCUUCCUCUCAAAGGAUUGCCAAUAAAACUUAUCCCCCACCUAAAAUAAUUCUAAAUUAUGAUUCUAAACAUUUUUCAUAUAUUUUUAAAUAUAUGUACAAAUAAUUAUUUAUAGUUUUAAAAUUUGUUUUUGAUCAAUAAAGGCAGAGCCAGAUUUAUAUAUUUA